GGAUUUUCUCGCUAUCCCCGUAAUAUGGGCUAGUAUCAAAUGCAUUAAUACCUUAUUAUCAUUUGAACAUCGAAAUAAAUAAAUUGUCCUUUUCAAUAUGAUUAUACCGACCACUAAAGACUCCUGCCCCGAAUGUUAUUUCUGGAACCUGAAAUUUAUUAGAUUCUUUAUUUUCCAUAAUAAAUGUAUUUAGUUUCAAGUUUCGUGAAAAACAUUAAUAAAAAUUACUUUAUGAUGAUGUGUUAUUAAUAAUUCAAAAUUUGAUCACAGAUGGUUUUUUAAAAAAAAAAAUUUUUAAAUAAGAUCAUCGUGCAGUUAUUACGAUUUGUAAUUCCCGCAGUUUUACAUUCUGCAAUUUCCUCAAAGUAAAAUAGUCGAACAAUGGGCGACGAUCCUUGGGAUGAUUGGGAAGCUGCUGCUGAUGCUGGCUUAGAUCCAAAACCUAGUAAAGCUGCUGAUGAACAUGAAAAAAACAAGCAAUUAUGGCAAGAAGCAAACGCGUACGUACAGCCGGAGAUAGUUCGUACAGACACAACACGUACAGAAUACGUACCACAACUUCGUAUUUUAAAGCGUCCAAAAAAUCCGGGACCAACAACUACAACUCAUACUGGUGACAAUUUCUCCAUAAGUUCACUGAAAAAAUCUUUAGCAGAACGUGAAGCAAAAUAUAAUGUAGCAAGACAAAAAAUAUUCGGUACUAAUACUAAUUCUGACGAUAAUAACAACGGAGAAAGCGUAAUCACUGGGAGUGAGGGUCAGAUUCUUGAUGACAAAAAGGACAUUUUGCAGAUAAAAGAUGGUAGUAAACUAUGGGAAGAAAACAUUCAUUAUCAUAAACCAAAAUCUAUAGGCGAAAAAAGAAUUGUUUCUCCAGCAAAUUCACAGACGGAAGGAUCAGACAUUAUACGGCAACCGAUAUCUCCUAAUUAUGGACAAAUGGGUGGAUUUAAUAGAAUGAAAAUUAUCAAGAAUCAAAAAUCUUGAUGUAAAAUAAGCAUCAAAAAACUUAUGAUAAAAGACAGCUAAGUGAUUAUAAAAAAAUUAGAAAUAUUCAGUAAUAUUAUUAUUUAAUGCUUUAGAAUUCUUAUUGUUCU